ACUCCCUCAGAUUAUAUAUUAUCAGCAUAUCACCUAUCUCAAAGAAUUGCAUCGCAAAAAUGCCUUGAACUUCAUCAUAUUAAAUAUCUAGAUUUACCUGUUCCAUUAAUAUAUAAGCCAAAAGAUGAAUGUAAACAAAACUGCUUCGUUCCAAUUCCUGGUUUAUCUGAGAAAAAGGAACUAGUAAAAAAUGAUAUAGUAUAUUUACCGUUGAAUAUGCUUCCUGAAAAAUUUAUAAAGAUAUAUUAA